AUGUUUCAACUUCCAACUUGCUACUUACAUGAUAUGCUUACAUCAAUUAAUGUUAAUGUAUUAUCUCCGACAUCAUCUACAAAAGUUUAUUCAAAAGCUGUUGGUGGUCCCGUUGUUCGUUCUAAUUCUCAACAUAUGACAACCAUAACUACACAUAUUAUUCAAACAACAUCACCAUCAUCAUCAUCAGAUAGUAGUAGUAUUAGUAGUAGUGGUGGUGGUAAAACAUCAUCACAACGUUAUAAAACUGAAUCAUGUCGUUCAUAUCAUGAAACUGGUUUUUGCAAAUAUGGUGAAAAAUGUCAAUUUGCUCAUGGCUAUCAUGAAAUACGUUCGUUAAAUCGACAUCCAAAAUAUAAAACUGUACUUUGUCGAACAUAUCAUUGUACGGGAUAUUGUCCUUAUGGUCCACGAUGUCAUUUUGUACAUGAUCAAUGUUCUGAUACUUUAUCAUGUAAUACAAUUUCACCAUCAUCAUCCUCAACAUUUGGUAGUGAUAUUCGUUCAUCAGUAUCAUCAUCUCGUUCGAUAUCUCCAAUGGAUUCACCAAUAACAAGUUCCGAAGAUAUCUUUCUUUCUGCUUUUUUACUUAAUAAGUAA